GCAUCCAGUCUGGUUUAGCUUUCUCGGAAGUCAUGGAGCACGAUCACCUUGAAAGAGAAGAAAAGGAAAGCUUCCCAAAAAAGGAGGUGCAGGAGACGAUCUCUUCCCUUCCUAGAGCACGAGGCUUGGCACUCUCUGAAGAUCUCUGUCAAUACCAGGGCUUCUGGGUCGGUCUCAACGCCCUUGUGGGAGUCAUACUAGCUCAACAGCACUUCCAGGCUCAACCCACUGAUAUCAUUUUAAGCAGCAUUCCUAAAUCAGGUACAACAUGGCUCAAGGCCCUCAGUUUUGCCAUUGUCACUCGAAACCGCUACGACGAUGUCAACAGCCCUUUACUCACCGAAAUCUCGCACGAGUGUGUCCCCGUCUUUAUUGAGUUUUCUUUCAUCCAAAACAAAAGCUGCCGGAGUCCAGACCUUCCUCUCCUCUGCACACACACUUCGUUCAGUUGCUUACCAAAAUCCGUCAUCGCCACACCAGGCUGCAAAAUUGUUUACAUUUGUAGGGAUCCUAAGGAUACUUUCAUUUCUAUGUGGCAUUUUGUUAACAGCCCCAAGAGCACCGAUCCAUUUCUUCUGGAGGAGGCAGUUGAGUUGUUCUGCCAAGGACUGUCCUUCCAGGGGCCUUACUGGGAUCAUGUUUUGGAGUAUUGGAAUGCAAGCUUGGAAAUGCCUGAAAAGGUACUUUUCUUGAAGUAUGAAGAUAUAAAGAGCAACCCUGUUUUUCAUGUGAAGAGAUUGGCUGAGUUCAUGGGGUAUCCCUUUGCAUUAGAGGAAGAGAGCAAAGGCAUGGUGCAAAAAGUCGUGGAGCUCUGUAGCUUUGAGAAGUUGAGCACUCUAGAGGUGAAUAAAACAGGAAAGUAUAAAUUGAGGGACGAGUUAGAGUUCGAAAACCGGUCGUUCUUCAGAAAAGGCGCAGUCGGAGAUUGGAAGAAUUACUUGACACCUGAGAUGGCUGCCCGUUUUGACCAGAUCUCGGAGCAAAAGUGGAAGGCUUCUGGCUUGAGCUUUAAUGUUACAUCAUCUUGAUCCUUUUAUUUCCUCACUUGUAUCUGGUUUUUCCUUCUAUGUUUUCCACAAAACUGGAAACAAGCUUCUCUGUACGAGUUAAUGAAAUUUAUUUAUGUUG